AUGGAUGAUAAUGAAAGCACAUCUUUCCUAAUUGUUUUAAUACCGGAAACCCCCCCCUCCCCCCCCCCCCCCCCCAAAAAAAAAAGUCUUCCUGGAAGAGUAUUGAAGGGGCACAGCUUCCCUAAAAGUUGUAAUGCCGGAAAUGCCCCCCCCCUUCCAAACAAAAGAAAUUUUCAAUUAAUUAAUUAUUUAGACAAACCAACAACAACAAACCCACCACCACUACCCCCAGGAACACCUGGAGCUCUUUUAUCAUUACCCUGUCAUAAUAUAAAUCAAUUACGUGCUGCUUCAAUUCAAUUAAUUGGACAUGCUAUUUAUUUAUGUGAAGAAAGAAUUUCUAAAAGAAUACAGUCUAGAUUUAAGGAUAAUGUAUUAGAAAAAUGUUUACCAUUAGAAUUUCACAAAACAUGCCAAAUUAUUGAAGAAUUUAAACAAAAAUGUAAACAAAUAGAUGAAUGUGGACAACAACAACAACAACAAUCACGCUCACAAUGUCAAACAAUCAUACAACAAAUUACCAAUAAAUUCAUUUCAAAAUUUACUGAAGCACGACAACGUGAAUUAAGUGCAACAAUUGAUGCAGAACCUUGGAAACCAGCUCAUAUAAAUUCUAAUAUACAACAAAUUGUUGAUUGUUAUGUUCAAGAUGGAGUACUUACAACUGAUACAAAUAAUGAAACGAUAAAUAAUAAUGAAGAUGAAGAACCAAAAGAAAUGUUAAAAUUAAAAGAUGAAGAGUUCAUUGUUAUUGGAAGCGCCUUGUUGCUAAUAAAUAUAUUAGCUAGCUAUAGUGAUCUUCUUCGUUUAUUUCCUACUGCUGGUAUGGAGUUAAGUAUGGAUGUAGUUCAGUGUCUCAAACUUUUUAAUAGCCGUACUUGUCAACUUAUUUUGGGGGCUGGUGCAAGACAAUUGGUUGGGUUAAAGUCGAUUAAUGUUAAGCAUUUGGGUAUUUUUUUAGAAUUGAUUUUACAAAACUUGAAGCAAGUUUGCAAAUUUGAAACAAGAUUGCAAAUAUGA